AUGCUGCGAUUCUGGAAGACCAGGACGGCUCCCAGCAAGGCUGAAGCCCAAACGACGAGGCCACUUGUGCACGUCGUCUUGUUCCAGUUCAAGGCACAGCUGACACUGGAGCAGCGCAAAGAGUGCUGCAGCCAGAUGCUCCGGCUCAAGGACAAGUGCCUCCACCCGACAUCUUCGCGGCCGUACAUUCGGUCAUCAGUAGGCGGACUCGACUCGAGCAUCGAGCAGCGACAGGACGGCAUCACGCACGCGUUCGUAGUCGAGUUUGACAGCGUCGAGGACCGCGACUACUACGUGCAGCGGGACCCGAUGCACAAGGCCUUUGUCGAGAGCAUGCUGCCCAAGCUGGAGAAGGCGCAGAUUAUCGACUUUUCACCAGGGGUCUUUUGA